GUCUGUAGGUCAGUCAUGAAGUCCUGCAUUCGUGAUCUCUGGAUCCUGAUCCUGAUCAUUAUCUCUGUGUUCACUACUGGGUCUGAAUCAGUGAACGGUCCAGUGAAGGUGAAGCUUCAUGGCUCUGCUACUCUGUCCUGCUCUGAGAGAUGCUCUGGUUUAGUGAGAUGGACUGUGUUCCACAAACGCAGUGACACUCUGGCUGAGUGUGAUCAGACUUCAUGUAGAUCAGUGAAGGAGGGAUAUCAGAUGAUCUAUGAUCAGUACCUGAAGGGGAAUCUCUCUCUCAUCAUCACUGACGCUGAUUUCAGUAAGAGAGGCUGGUACACGUGUGACUGUGCCAGCAAGGACAUCUGUGAUGUUCAUCUACAGAUUGAGCCCUUGAACACUACAGUUGAGAUGAUGGCCGGUGAAUCUCUGAUCCUAAGGGUGGACGUAUCAGAUCCAGUGGACGUGAUUUAUAACAGUACAGGUACACCUGGACCAUCCAGUGGUCCGAUCUGUACAGUGGAUGGACCCACACUACAGUGUAAACCUGAAUACACACAGAGAUCAUCACUCACAUCUGGUGUUGAGCUGAGAAGAAUGGCUCCAUCUGACAGUGGAGUUUAUACUGUAAUGGACAGCAGGAAUAAAGAGGUCAUUCACACCUACACAGUGACCGUCCACGAUGUACAGCAGAGCUCCAUAUGGAAGGAUGGAUAUCAGAAAGGAAACAGUGAUGGAUAUCGUAACGGAUUGGGAAUCGGAGCAGGCGUUUUUGGGAUCAUAGCUCUGGCUCUUGGUGUAAUUUUCGGAAUGUUUGCUGGGCCGUGGGUGCGUCUUCUGAGGUUGAGUAGAGAAGAUCCCUCAGAAAGAAUAGGAGACGAUCCCUCAGGUGAGCGACAAGCUGAAGAUGUGGAAAGUGGUGUUGCCCUGGCCAGAGCUUGCUAGACAGAAUUCUGAAGACUAAACAGCUUCUGUAAGUUCUCUUUUUUAAGAAAUUCAACGUCAUCUUCUGGAAAAAACUUGAAGAAAAAGAAGCUUGACGUGAUGAUCAGCCACAGGGACCAUGUCGAAUUUGUCCUGUUACAGUCUCAGUAACUCCUAAACCUCAUGAGAGAAGCAGUACUUCAGUCCUCUAAAACAGCUGUCUGAAGAACGUUUCUUCAGUAGGUUUUAGUUUGGGAUUAGACCAACGUGUUGUGGGAUUUCAUCAGUAGUGUGUUCAGUGUUAUUCGGGGAUUAAUGGUGAGAAUCAGGAGAGAGUGGCUCAGUCCUUCUAACACUGAAAUACUUCGUUCUAAUCCCACUUCAGAUUUCUGUCCGUGUUUAGCUUCAAAUAUGUAGAAGAUCUUUGAUCCUGCCUGGAACAG